CUCGCGGUGGUGGAGUAGCGCACUCUCGACGGUGCGGGUGUUGGGGCGUGCUCGCGAGGUGUGUGGUUGGCGGCUGGUGCAGAGCUCUCGAGCACGCGGCUCUUUCCGCGAGUGCGAGGGCGCAGGUGUGCACGGGUGCGGGCGGCAGUGGACGACACUCUCAGUGUCGCGCGGCAAUCCGCGAGGUCGCAGUGCGGGGCAGCAGGUGAUGCGCGGGUGCUAUCGAUGUCGCGGCAUCUUCCGCGAGGGCGCGAGUAACUGUGUGGUGCUCGCGAGGUCGCCCAGCAUCCCGCGUGAUCGCGACAGUGAAACCGUUUUGAAUAUUAUUACUGUUUUGGGGCGUUACAUUUUCAAUACUCAGAUGCCGCCUCGUAGAGAACCAGAUCAUCAGGAGCUCCCUCAGGCCACAGUAGUCGCACACUUUCGCGACUACCAUCCAGAAAAGUUUUCCGGCCAAGGAGAUCCUCGUAUAGUGGACGAAUGGGUUCAGGGCCUUGAAAUGAUUUUCGAGGUCAUGGACUGUCCUGAUCGAUAUCGUAUGUUAUGCGCACAAAUCCAGCUGACUGGUGAUGCUAGACUCUGGUGGAAUGCCUAUUGGAGUAUGCGUCCCGGAGAGAAAGAAGGUUGUACAUGGGACCAAUUCAAGAGGUUGAUCCGCGGGAAGUACUAUCCCUCGUACUACCGAGCAGAUAUGGAGCGCCAGUUUUUGGCACUCCGACAGGGUACUCGUUCUGUUGACGAGUACGAGAGAGAGUUUACCCGAAUCGGAUCCUUUGUACCUGAUCUUGUAAGUACAGAGGAGAAGAGAGCUCUUC